AAGCUUUCGGCAGCCGUGGGGGCGGGGGAGUGGGCUGGUACGCCUUCUCGCGAGACUUGCAGGUGCGGCGGCAGCGGCGGCCACAGGGAGCGGAGAGGACCGGAAGUCCUUCAUCUUGAGCGGCCAAUGCUGGAAGCGGCCUGACUCUUUGUCGGAAACCUAUUUCCCAGGGAUAGGAAGACGGCCCACCUGGCCGGAAGUCCCACCUCCCGGGGCUCCCCCACCCUUCCCGAAGUUUUUCUGUCACCUGUGUUUCCUUCCGUCCCCUCGCCCCGUUUUGUCCCCAAUCCAGAAGAGGGUCCACCUAGAGUCUCCGACCCAGCUCCGCUGAACGGGCUUGGGGCCUCGCUCCCCGGGCCGGGGUUCCUUCCCCGGCGCCCCCAUGUAGCUGGGAAGCGGGACCUGGGGGUGGUUGGACCCCUGGGAUCCUGAGGGAGGGGCGGGGAGGGCGCAGAGCCCCGCUUCUGCUUCUGCUCCCGGGCCGCGGCCUCCGCGGCCUCUCCCCGCCCGCUGCCAUGCACCGUGCGGCCUUCCCGCUUCCUGUGGUUGUGGCCGCCGUGCUGUGGGGAGCAGCCCCCACCCGGGGCCUCAUCCGAGCGACCUCGGAGCACAAUGCCAGCAUGGACUUUGCAGACCUGCCAGCUCUGUUUGGGGCCUCCCUGAGCCAGGAGGGACUCCAGGGGUUCCUUGUGGAGGCUCACCCAGACAAUGCCUGCAGCCCCAUUGCCCCGCCGCCCCCAGCCCCGGUCAAUGGGUCAGUCUUUAUUGCACUGCUUCGAAGAUUCGACUGCAACUUUGACCUCAAGGUCCUAAAUGCACAGAAGGCCGGGUACGGGGCAGCCGUGGUGCACAACGUGAAUUCCAACGAACUACUGAACAUGGUGUGGAACAGUGAGGAAAUCCAGCAGCAGAUCUGGAUCCCGUCGGUGUUCAUCGGGGAGAGGAGCUCCGAGUACCUGCGCGCCCUCUUUGUCUAUGAGAAGGGGGCUCGGGUGCUUCUGGUUCCAGACAACAGCUUCCCUCUGGGCUAUUACCUCAUCCCAUUCACCGGGAUUGUGGGACUGCUGGUUUUGGCCAUGGGAGCAGUGAUGAUAGUUCGUUGUAUCCAGCACCGGAAACGGCUCCAGCGAAAUCGACUCACCAAAGAGCAACUGAGACAGAUUCCAACACAUGAUUAUCAGAAGGGAGACCAGUAUGAUGUGUGUGCCAUCUGUCUGGAUGAAUAUGAGGACGGGGACAAGCUGCGGGUCCUCCCCUGUGCUCAUGCCUAUCACAGCCGCUGUGUGGACCCCUGGCUCACUCAGACGCGCAAGACGUGCCCCAUCUGCAAGCAGCCUGUCCAUCGGGGUCCUGGAGAUGAAGAGCAGGAGGAAGAAACUCAAGGGCAAGAGGAGGGCGAUGAGGAAGGGGAGCCAAGAGAUCACCCUGCCUCAGAGCGGACCCCGCUCCUGGGCUCCAGCCCCACUCUGCCCACCUCCUUUGGUUCCCUAGCUCCAGCUCCCCUCAUCUUUCCUGGGCCCUCAACAGAGGCCCCACCGUCUCCCUCCUCCUCUUCCUCCUUGCCCGGCAUCCUGGUCUAGUCUUCUUUCCCCCUCCCAAACCUCUGGCGACCUAUUUGCACAGGCCCUCUUCCCUCUGCUCUUCUAAAUUGAGGGACAGAGGACAUCUCCAUUCCGGGUUUCUCCCUUACCCAGCCUCAUCCUUUGAGGGGGUAGGGGCGAGGGGACUGGAUCUUCACUUCUUGGGUUAAUAAAAUUGUUUUUGUGGACCAAGGACA